AUGUCUAUACCAGGCCUCGACAUGCGAGACGACGUGCCGCCCCCUCUUCCUCCGCCCCGAAUCCUACCCUUUGGUGAUAGCCCCCAUCCGUCGGAGCAUACGAGAAGGGACAGCCGAGACUACAACGCUUCGUCGUCCUUCGCCAGCGGCUACGGCAGCAUGGCUUCUUCUCACGCGGAUGAUCGCCCGAGUUUCAAGAGACGGGACACCGGCAGCACCGCCAAUGGCGACGAAGGUUACGCCAGUUAUGCCUCCACUGACAGGUCUCGUGAUUCGGUGCCGACUGAGUUUGGACUGCAUCACAGCAAGUUCCACUUCCAGUCGCCCGCUGACAUCCACACGGACAACAUCUUGAAGAAGCUGGAUCCCAUUCGGAGCGCGGAAAAGUCGCCGCCGCGUUCGCUAUUGACGUCGUCCGUCAGUGAUCUGCCCAGAAGACAUCCCGACCCGCGGACGCGACCGACACUGAACAUGCCCGUGCAGCUGCCAAUACAUAGCCGCCAGGCGAUGCUCGAUUCUCCCGCCAGCCGAUUCUCAGACAGCCCGCUUUACUCGGCCGCAUCUCCUCGGCCCAUGCCGUUCCACCACAGCCCCGUCGACCAGCGCCUGCACCCCGACACGUCAGACGUGGACCGGUCGCCGAGGGCACGAACAUGGAGAAACAAUAGCGACGACGCCACGUCUACUCAGGGGAGUUACGAAUUCACUGGAGCAGAAGACAUGGAGAUGGACGACGCCGCUUCUAUCAAGCGCCUGCAUCUGGAUGACUCCUACGCCUCUGUUGGCCAGAAGCGCCGGGCUGCCAGCCCACCGCCCGAAGAGAUGCUGCUCCAUGGCGUUUCCGGCCAGAGCGAUGCCGUCCGCCGAAGGGACAUUGGUUCGAGAGGCUCCCCCACGCCGAGGUUGACGGUGAUACCCCAAGGCUCCUCUUCAUCGUCCAUGUCCCCGGCUGCGGUGUCGCGCUCAAACUCGUACAUCUCGUCAGCUUCGAUGCCGCCCUUGUCUGGCAAUUCAUACGGCCGUCGCUCCCCUGGUGGUACAUCACCAGGAGGCCUCUCCCCGACAUCGUGCAGCUCUCCUUAUACAACACCGGCUUCCUUGACGCAAAGCCCCCGGACAUCCAUCUCCGGGCGGGGCGGCGCGCACGCUCGGACGACCUCCGGCGCGAGUCCCAGAAAAUUGACGGAGAUUCAGAAGCCGAGCGGCACAAAGCUGCAGGGAUUUUACAUGUGCGAAUGUUGUCCGAAGAAGCCCAAGAAGUUUGAAACGGCGGAGGAGCUCGCUGCCCACGAAGCUGAGAAGCAGUACGAGUGCUCUUUCUGCGGCAACCGCUUCAAGAACAAGAAUGAGGCCGAGCGCCACCAGAACUCCCUGCACGUUCGCCGGCAUUCUUGGUCUUGCUCAGCGCUGUCUGGGUAUGACCGGGCCUUUCACGAUUCGACCAGCCGUCCCGGAGAGAUUGAUACUUGCGGCUACUGCGGGGAGGAAUUCCCGAGAACCGGCUGCGCCAUGGGGAGCGGCAUCGGUGGCCACCCUCCCAGGCAUGCCACGGAGCAGGAUUGGGAAGAGCGGAUCCGACAUCUUCAGGACGUGCACAAGUUCAGGGAGUGCAACUCGGCCAAGAAGUUUUACAGGGCGGAUCAUUUCCGGCAGCAUCUCAAGCAUAGCCAUGCUGGGACCAGCGGGAAGUGGACCAACAUGCUGGAGAAUGCGUGCAUGGUGGAGGAAGACCCGUCGCCUCGGUGA